AUGAAGAACAAGUUGAGUUUAAAAUUUUCAGUACGUCUCAUGUUCUUCUUCUCAAUUCUAAUCAUUCCAAUUCCUCCGGCGAGCUCCCUCUCCUUCGACCUGAAUGGUUUUGAUCAGAAGGAUAAUUUGAUAUACAAUGAAAGCCACGCAACGUUCAACGGCUCAGAGAUCAAUCUCACGCAGUAUCGCUUGCAAAACGCCACCGGCAGAGUGGAAUACGGCGAGCCGCUGGUACUGUGGAACUCGGAAAACCGUAGGCUCAUCGAUUUCUCGACCCGAUUCUCCUUCAUCAUCAAUUCCUUCGGCCAGUCGGCGUUCGCCGACGGCCUGGCCUUCUUUCUCUCGCCGUUCAACGACAGCAAGCCACCCUACCCCAUCGGCGGCAACUUCGGCCUCUUUAGAAACGGAACGCUCACCGACUCCACGGUCCCAACGGUGGCUGUCGAGUUCGACACCUAUUCCAACAAGUGGGACCCAAAUUACGUUCACAUCGGGAUCGACGUCGACUCCAUCGUGUCAAAUGUGACGGCACAGUGGCAAGCCGACGACGAAAUCAAGGCCGGCAGAGAGGCGACGGCGUGGGUGAGCUACAACUCCAUCACCCACAACUUGAGCGCGCUGGAAUGGGCUUCUCGGCGUCGACAGGUGGCCUGUGAAGGCGGAUUUGGGUCGGUCUACAAUGGCCGACUGGACAGCCGCGACGUGGCCGUUAAGAGGGUCUCUAGCGACAGCGCACAAGGCAUAAACGAGUACAUCGCGGAGGUGACUAUCAUCAGCAGGCUGCGGGACGGCAACCUGGUGGAGCUCGUCGGAUGGUGUCACCGCCGACGGCGCCGAGAGUACCUGCUUGUUUACAAGUUCAUGCCAAAUAGAAGCCUGAACAAGCACCUCUACGACCCUGCCGAUUGUAUGCCAUGGCCGCGAAGGUACAACUUCGCGAUGGGCUUGGCGGCGGCGCUGCGCUACCUGCACCACGAGUGCCAGCCCAACGUGGUGCACCGCGACGUCAAGCACAGCAACGUCAUGCUCGAUUCCAAUUUCAACGCCAAGCUAGGCGAUUUCGGACUGGCAAGGAAACUUGACCGGGGAGAAGAAUACCGGCGGACGACGUUGGUGAUUGGGACGCCCUGCUACGUCGCCCCUGAAUACCUUCGUGAUUGCCAGUUUAGUAGGAAAACGGACGUGUACAGCUUCGGAAUUGUGGCGUUGGAAAUUGCAAGUGGGAAAUCGAUACAAGUGGACAAUCAUCUGGUUAAUUGGGUUCGGGAUCUCUACGAACAAAUCCAGACGGCGGCGGACCCGAGACUGUAA